CACACGUUAGUUCUUCUCCGAGCGUGCUAAUGUUUGCAACGAAAAUCGCAGCGGAAUCCGUGCCGUGCCAAAGGAACGCCAUAUACCUGCAGCGAGAGUGAAAGGGAUAAAUAUAUUGUUCAAAAAUUAAGAAGCCAUUAAGAAAUCGAUUUGCUAACUAAAAGCAUAUAAAAUAAGCGUAUUUCCGUUAAAAAAAAAUGAAUAUCCAAUUAGAAUCCUAUUGCUAAACGAAAGAUACGGAAAACGUAUGAAAUCGAAGUGUUCCAUCGAUUCAUAGUGCAAUUGUGAGUUCCCCCAGCAAAUUGUGUGUCAAGAAUCAACGGAAAACUUCUUCUGCUCGAUGUGUUGCAAUUUCAAAGAAUCUGUUCUAUUUUUAUAACAGAGCUAAUUUUUUCAACGAACGCAGUAUUUUUGGUGAUAUUUCCAAAAUAAAUUUAGUUUCCCCUUCGUUUUUAGUUUCAAUUUCUAAGGGAGAUCGGUGCCUUUUUGACGGAAUUAAGUGAAGAAUUUAAUAAGAAACAAAAAUAAACAUACCUAUAAACGCACAUACGAAUACGGGCGCUCGCACACCUCAACACCCGGGCAAUUGUCGAAAAAAAAUACGAGCGGCUUUGAAACAAUGCCACUGUUCGAUUGCAUUUCCAUUCCAGGUCAGGAAAUUUAGCACUGAAGGGUGAAGAAGCCGCAGCAGAGCUGCGCCAGCAAAGCAACAAUAAAUUGAUCCAAACCGAAGCGAAAGACCCGCGACACAGCGAAUUCCAAAUACACUGAAAGAAAGAAGGCAGUAUUACGCAACUUGUUCUGUGUAAAACGAAGUGGAAAAGUAGCCACAGACAACCGCCAACUGACGCCGCAAACCGCCAAACGACCACAUCAAUUCAUCAGCCGUGAUUUGCGUCGUCACUGUGGGACUUCAAAUCACCCGGGCCAUUCGUAAUCUGGUGGUGGCACACAAAGAACUUCCUGCAGUUAGCAGCAAGCAAGGCACGUCGAUCGACGAAAUUUUGGUAGUCUUGUUGGACGCAUUUGCAUUCCCCAUUUUGAGAAAAUAUUAAAAAAGAAAAACAUUUUCUCGACCCAUACAUAUGUCUUUGAGUUUGAAAGUUUAUCCGUUAAUUAAAUGCAUCAUUUAUAUCCAUCACUGAAAGGAGAUCAGCUAUGUCCCUUGGGCUUUCAUCCACAGACCCGGUAUCCGACGAGAUGCAAGCGCUGUUUUCGUGACUACAAAGAGCAUGGUGGACGAAGAGGCAUCGAAGAUGUAGCUGCAUCAUCGCCAAAUCUCUCCGAUGGCCUGAAUUCAAGGCCAUCUUCACGAACGUGGACUUCAACGCAAAACUUGUCGUCCCUGAAUGGCAGUAGCAAUGAUAUUGAGCUGAAGAAACGGCCACAGUCAUGGGCCUCGACGCCCGACAUCGACGAGGCCGAUGACAAGGCACGGGCCACGCCCCGUUCCAGUGGCAAGCCGGCAGCGGCCGCUGAUGACAACGAGGUCAACGUCACCAUCAAAUUGCCGGUUCCACAGAGGCGUCACACGACAACGUUGGAUCUGAAGGAGGUGGAAAAUUCAUUGCUUCAAAGUUCGGCAUCGACACCGUCUUCAUCUUCGAAAAAUAUUCCGGAGGAUUUGGUAAUUUUGUCGACCGAUAGUUUGGCCGAAAGGGUGAGGAAAAUGAAUCUGUUGAAAAAACAGAGGAGUCAAAAUUCCCGAGAGUCGAGUCGUGAACGGUCGGUGCCACGAAAGAACGAAGGGGAAAGCAGCAAUGAAAAUGGAGAAAGCAAAGCACCCCCAGAUCGACCUGAACGCACAAAAUCCUUGUCGUCAGCAAGUGCCGGUGCCAGUAACAGCAGCAGUAGCAGUGCAACAAAAAAUGCGGCUUUGCCCCCUAAGAAGGUUUCCUCCUCGUCCAGUUCAACGACAUCAUCCACAUCGACUGCACGCCCAACAUCGGCUCCAGCUUUUGAUUCAAAAUCCGCCUUACCGCCAGUACCUGCCAAAGCAACUCCCACCAAACUAAAGACUACCUCGUCGUCCUCCACUACAACAUCCACAUCUACAGCUUCGGCAACAACAUCGUCGUCGUCUUCGGCCGCACGCCGAAAGGGCCGAUCGACAAAAACUGCUCAGGAUAUAGCGUUCAUGCUCAACAUAAAAGAUAACAGCUACCAAGGCAAGAAGCCCAGCAACGACAACAUGUCGAUGAUGACCGAAAGUCCAGAGAUGCACGACACCCAGGAUGAGCUAAAGAAUCUGCGCAAGGAACUGGAAGCCAUGAAACAACGCGCCGAAAAGGCCGAAAGGGAAAAGAGCGACAUUUUGUUAAGACGCCUGGCUUCAAUUGACAUGGCUCCAAACCGCACUGCCGCCUCCGAAGCCCUGAUGCUGCAGCAGAAAGUCAACGAACUUAAGGAACAGCUGGAAAAAGUUACCGAGGAGAAGCGAAAACUGAAUACCCGCAUGAAAGAGCUGGAGAAUAAUCCGAAGAGCGCCGAGAAUGAGUUACGUCGAAAAUUGCAGGCUGCCGAACAAAUAUGCGAAGAGCUGAUGGAAGAGAACCAGGAGGCCAAGAAAGAGAUAAUGAACCUGCAAGCCGAAAUGGAUGAACUGCAGGACACAUUCCGUGAGGAUGAUGUCAAGGCAAAAACCAAUUUGCAAAAGGACCUCGAAAAGACGACAAAGAAUUGCCGCAUACUGAGCUUCAAGUUGAAAAAGUGUGAGCGCAAAAUUGAAUCGCUGGAGUUGGAACGUCAGAACAGCGGCAAUGCUGAACUGCAGGCUCGAAUCAAGCAAUUGGAAGACGAGUUGCGUUUCUCGCAGGAAUUGUCGAAGAAAUUACAGUCUGAAGCGGAAGAACUACGAAAUCCAGGUAAGAAGAAGGCUCCAAUGCUGGGAGCCUUGGGAAAAUCAACAUCUGCCGAUGCCAGAUUCACCAGGGAGUCGCUGACCCGAGGUGGAUCCCAAGAGGAUCCUCAACAGUUGAUGCGAGAUCUACAGGACUCGGUAGAACGGGAAUCCGAUCUGAAGGAUCAGCUGAAAUUUGCCGAAGAAGAAUUGCACAGACUGAGAGUUAAGCAGAAAAAAUCGCUAACACAUCAAGGCGUACAAACCGAAGAUUUAGUUGACGACAUUUUGAAAUUUCCAAGGUCAACACAAACGGAUAAUUUUGUUGAGCAAAUUUCGUCAUUUACACAAACGGAUGUUUUCAAUUUUCGCGAAGGCGAUUCACAAACCGACAGCACUGCCAGUGCUGAUGAUAAGGCCACACAGACGAUGUGUGGUUUUGGAACUACCGAUACCGAGAGUCCGACCUCAGAAGUACCGAACGAAAAUUAUGAGGAAAUAACAGAGGAAGUUAUAUGCCAAGUCGUCGAUGCCCAAACACAGACGCAGGAACCUCCCGCUGCAGCCGCAUGGGAAAACACCGAUGCCACCACCAAUAUAUCUGCAAUAUUUAAGAGUAUUCAAGAUCGUGAACGAUCACCAUUUGCUGCUACUCUGACGACAGUGUCCACUAUGGCGACUCCCUCCUCAUUGUUGUUUCCCAGCAUGAUCUCGCAUGCUCUAAGAGCGGGCGCUGGGGCAGCUCGGAAGCUUAGUCCCACGCCACGGCGCUUGGCACCUGAGGUACAAGCGGAACGUGACGAAGGCAUAUCGGAUGAAGAUGACCCGGCUGAGUUACGUAUUUUACUGGAGCUGAACGAACAGGAGGCCUCUAUACUGCGGCAAAAGGUAGAAGACUUGGAGAAGCAGAAUACAGAAGCCAAGAAACAGGUGCGGGAACUUCAGGAGAAACUGGCUGCGUCACCAACGGACAAAAAAUCAGGCUUCUUAUCGGCAUCUAAUAGCUCGGAUAAGAAACUGAAGGCACUGAACGAUGAAUUGGAGACGUUGCGAAAGUCGCUAGCCGAAAAAGAUAAACAGAUUGAACGCUUGCAGUCUUCUUCCUCGUCACAGUCUAACUUCAAUGUUAAGCGUCAAUUGGAUAUGGUCGAACAGGAAGCCACGGUGCUGCGAUCGAAGAUAACUGCCCUUGAAGCCGAGAAUGAACGUAUCCAGAAGGAGAACAAACGAUUGCAGUUGUUGUCGCUGAAGAAAUCUCCUUCAACUGACUCUGGGGAGCUGGCGAAACUUAAGCAGGCCCUUGCUGCGGUCGAAGAACAAAAGAAUGGCCUGGAGACCAAACUCAAGCGCAUUCUACAAGAAACGGAGACAAAACUGCCACCCAGACUGGAAAUUCGCGUAACCGAUCUAACGCCGAAAAACCAGCUGAAAAAAUGGGUUGAAGAGCUGGACGAUGAAAUAACCGAAUUAAGAGCCCUUGUUGCCAACAGCAGUGCUCUGAGUCUGAAGAAUUUGCAGGCGGAGAAGAAGUCAUUGGAGGAUGAGUUGAGUAAAUACAAGGCCAAACUAACUCAAGUGGAAAACGAUUUGCAAAAAUCCAAGACUUCAUCGACACCCAAGGUUUCGGAAUUGGAAAAGCAAAUUAAGACUGAGGAUGAGAUUAAACAAUCCAAUUCGAAGAUUAAAGAUCUGGAGGAGAAGUUAAAGAAACAGGAGAACUUGCUAAAACAAACCGAGUCAAAUAAACUUAGCCUGGAGCAGCAAAUGAAGUUGGACAAGGAGAAACUUUCAAAAUUGGAAAAAGACUGUGAAAAGGAACGAAAGGAUCGCGAAAAACUUGAGGCCAAAUUAUCGCAAAAGGACAACGACCUAUUGCAGGCCCGUAAAAAUGCCGACAAAAUAAAACUGUCCCUGGAGAAGGAAAUCAAGGAUCUGAAAAUCAAAUCCUCAAAAUCAGAUUCAAAACAAGUGCAGGAAUUGAAGAAACAAGUUGAAGACCUCCAGGACUCGUUGAGCAGCGAAACAAGGCGCUACAACGAUCUUAAUGUCCAAUGGGAAAAACUGUCUGAGGAGACCAUACUAAUGCGGGCUCAAUUGACCACCGAAAAGAACACCCUUCAGACGGAGCUCAAUAAUGCCAACCAAAAGAUAUCUGAAUUGGAGACGAUUCGUGUCAACCGAACGGAACUGGCCAAAAAGCUGAACGAUGCCCAAAAGAAAAUCCAAGAACUGGAGACCAAGACCCUCAAGAAUAACUCCAAGGAGUACGAAAAGACAAUGCUGCAGAACAAGCUGGACGAGAAGACACACGAGUAUGAACGUCUGAAGAGAGAGAACGAGAUGAAUAUUGAUCUGGUGUUCCAACUUCGCAAGGAUAACGACGAUCUGAACCGUAAGCUGAGUGACUUCACUCGCAUAGAGCAGGCAAAGUCGUCGCUCAAUGGGCAUAGCGCAGAUUUGGAAAAUGAAAUAAAGGCCUUGACGAAAAAGCUUGAGAGUGCGGAGCUACAAUUGAAAUCGGAGGUGGCAUCGACACGACUUCGCUACGAACAGCAGGUGAAAACGCUUAGUUCCGAAUUGACAUCCAUGCAGCGCCAAUGCGAAAAAUUCAAAAAGGAUCGCGAUGCAUACAAACAGAUGUUUGAGUCAGCCCAAAAGAAAAUCGGUGAUCUCAAGGCAAACAACGCUGGUCGCCAAAGUCGUGGUUCAAUGCACAGCAGCGAUGAAGAUGACAAGAGCAAGAUUGCCUACUUGGAACAACAGAUUGGUUGCCUGGAAGAUCAACUGGUAGAAGCUCGCCUGGAGGUCAGCAAAGUCAAAACUGAAUUGGUCUCGGAACGCAGUGCCAACGAAAUUAAAAUAUCCGAAAUGCAAUCAAAGCUGAAUGAAUUCGAGGAGGAACGAGUCAUUGGAUCGGGCCGCACCAAGAUACCGGGCAUGAAGACAAAACUGGAAUUGUCUUGGCAAAAGGAGCGUGAAGAUCAACAACGGCUCUUGCAGGAGACAUCGACGUUAGCUCGCGACUUGCGUCAAACACUCUUUGAGGUGGAACGAGAGCGCGACAAGGAACGCUUGGAAUCGAAGAGACGCCUUGAGCAAUUGAAACGAACCACCGAGGAGGAAAUGGAAGAGGGUCGUCGAAAGAUUGCUGAGCUACAAUGUGAUCUCCUCGAACUACGUGACGUUCAUGCGAAAUUGAGAACGUCAAAUGAGAAGCUGCGAAGAGAACGGGAACGCUAUGAAAAGGAAUUAAUAAAGCGUCGCAUGGAACAAGAGGGAGGUGAACGCAAACUUGGGGCACUUCUGCAAACGGUAGAUGAGCUGGUAAAGAUCGCUCCAGACCUAGCUGGAAAUAGAGCGGCUCCCACGCCAAAUGAUCUGAGACCCGAACCAACGGCAGUCAGGAGAAAUCGCAGCCCAUCACCAUCCAUGAACACCUCGAAUGUAUCGGGCGUGCUGGCUCGCCUAGCCGAAGCCUCCGAGGAGGUGCGUAAAUUCCAGCGCAUCAGCGAGGAGGAGCAUGAACGCUAUCGAAUGAGGCGCAGUAAUUUGAGACGUGCCGCCUCGCAAGAAAAUGAUCCACAUGGAAGUCAAAGCUCAGUGGCCAGUGCCGCAAGUACCAGCAGAAAUGGAACAAAAUUAUCGCGGUCCAGCCACAAUGGCAGUUUGAUUAGGAAAAGUCUUUCGCUGGAUCACUCUAUCCAAAGGGAUCAGAAUAUUUGGCGCCAAGAUGACGGCAGUGUUUCCUCGAUGCAAUCCAUUGACUCCGAAUUGGGUGGCUUGGUACGCGACUCGAGCUAUGAUUCUCGACUAGAUUCACGAUUAUCCGGUGGCUCGACGCAGAGUGACAUACCACGUGGACCUCGCAAAAAGAAGAAAAGUCUUAUGGGAAAACUGAGAAGUCUCACAAAGAGUGGUCGCAAUUCCGAGAGUGAAAUAUCGAUUCAAGGAUCAGACUCUGACAUAAGUGUAGCCAGUGACAUGAGAGCGAGUAAGAAGGAUUUACGUGGCCGUCUCUCCGGCAUGUUCAAGAGAUCAGGAUCGACAUCACGAAGUGGCAGCACGGAACGUACGUCGAGUGAACAGAGGCCAGUGGCUGUGACGGUGGUCGGCGAUGAGGACGGUCCGCAGCCCAGAGAUCCACCACCAGCCAAUGCAGUGACUCCGAAGCCCAUUCGAUCGAUUGCUAAGCCUCCAACGCCAACCACUCCAAUCACAAAGCGCAAAACCGCCAAAUGAUAAAUCAAUUCAAUCAAUCAAUCAAUCAAUCAAUCAAUCAUUUGUAGUCUAUUGUUAUUAUUUAUCAAUUAUUUUUUGUUUGUUUCAUUUCAUCAUUUUCACAUACCAUAAGAAAUUAGAACUUUUUAUUGAAUAAAAUAUACACCGUACGUACAUACAUAUGUACUACAGAUAUUGUUA